UGACUCCCCCCCCCCCUCCCCCAAUCACGAAAACUACUGCUGAUGAGAUGUGAGAGACCUGUGUCUGAAUACAGCAGUCAUAUUUUCUUUUCCUCUGCUUCCUCAUGUGAAGUCUGCUGGAGAAUUUAUAUUUAAGAAUACUGUAUCCAUCAAUCAGAAAAGUAGUGUUUGAAGCAGAAAUUUUUCGGACAACUUCUUCAGCCCGCUCGCAGAUAUGUUUGCGCAACGUCUUGGAAAGUUCCUGCUUCAGCGGUCUCCCCUUCUUGUGUCGCGGCCAUUAUCUACCUCUUAUACGCUACAGUCUCCAAAAAUUCCGGCUCCUGCACCUGAUUUUAAAGGAACCGCUGUUUUAAACAAUGAGUUUAAAGAGUUGUCAUUAAAAGAUUUCCGUGGAAAAUAUGUUGUGCUGUUCUUUUAUCCUCUGGACUUCACAUUUGUCUGCCCUACAGAGCUCAUAGCAUUUAGCGAUCGCAUCAAGGAAUUUGACGCUAUCAAUUGUGCUGUUGUUGGCUGUUCAUGUGAUUCACAUUUCAGUCAUUUAGCAUUUAUUCAAAGAUCUAGGAAAGAAGGUGGACUUGGAGGACUCAACUAUCCUCUUUUAGCAGACUACAAAAAAGAAAUUGCUCGAGAUUAUGAUGUUCUUCUAGAGGAUGAUGGAAUUCCCCUUAGAGGACUGUUCAUCAUUGACAAAGAAGGAAAACUCAGGCAAAAGACUGUCAAUGACUUGCCAGUAGGCCGAAGUGUUGACGAAGUUCUGAGACUUGUGAAAGCUUUCCAGUUUGUAGAGGAGCAUGGAGAAGUAUGCCCUGCUAAUUGGCAGCCUGGGAGCAAGACCAUCAAAGCUGAUCCUCAAGGCUCUCAAUCUUAUUUCCAGUCUGCAAACAAAUAAAUCGUAUCUCUUUUGUUGGAUAAGGUUUGUAUGAAAUGCAUUUAUACUUUAUGUUCCAAUAUUUUUCUUGAUUAUAAAUUACAUUGGAAAUAUACAAUUGUGUAAAUGA